AUGAAACUGCUACUCAGGCAGAUCUGGGCCUUGGUCCGCAAGAAUCUGCUGCUGAUCUGUGUGCGCCGACCGAUUUCGACCUUUAUCCGCGCAUUUGCGCUGCCGCUCGUCAUUGUCCUCUUACUGGCGUACAGCAAGAACUUCUUUGCGGGGCCGCAAACCUGGGGCGUUAGCAGUGCGCAUAAUAUUCGAACACUUGCUCAAGGUCUGGCAGCUACCGAGGGUCGCGAUAUUGUUGGCUUCAUCGACAAUGGCAUGACUGGCGGAGACGUAGGCGCCGUCAUCGACUCGCUCUCCACCCAGGUCCGCGAUGCGGGCAGGACCGCCAAACAAUACCGUACGAGUUGGGACCUCGCGCAAGACUGUAGGACCAACGAUAAGGGUUCGUCAAAUUGUUACGGGGCCGUCGUGUUCUACUCGAGCCCAAGCCAGGGCACCAACGAGUCUAGCCAAGGAGUAUGGAACUAUACUAUCCGCGGUCAAGACGGCCGAUCUGUGAACGUCAAGAGCAACGAGAAUGGAGCCGAGGUUGCCCUGAUGCCUCUACAGCUUGCUCUUGAGCGUGAGCUCAUCGCGAACACGGAUCCAGAUGCUGCAAAGAAGAUUCCAAAUGAAGUGGACGUCAUUCUGUACACCGAGCAAGAUCAAUCAGCCUUGGACAGCUCUAGGACAUCGAAUUACCUGACAUUGUGCCUGUACGCCUUCGGGCCAAUCUUCGCCUUUGCUCUCAUCGAACUCGUCAACCACCUCACGUCAUUCGUGGCCCGCGAACGAGAACUCGGCAUGUCCGGACUCAUAGAUACUAUGAUCUCCGGUGGUUCCAACGUACGCGGCCGCGUCGUUCGACUCAUAUCGACAUGGAUCUCCUUCGCAGUUGUCUGCUUCCCCAGCUGGCUAUCGAUUGGACUCGUCAUCUCCCUCGUGUGCUUCCCAAAAACGUCCAAGAACUGGCCCGUGGGAUUUGUCAUUUUCGCCGGAUUUGCCAUUAACUCAUUCUCCCUGUUCGGCGCCUCAUUUUUCAAGAAGGCGCAAUUAAGUGGCUCCAUCAUGACCAUCAUCGCGAUAGUUGGUGCUAUCCUACCUGUCGUUCUGUUUGAGCAGACCAAGAUCACGUGUGUCGUGCUUAGUAUCAUAUUCCCGAGUGCAAACUUUACGUACUAUGUUACCGGCCACGCGAAUUUCGAGCUGCAGAACAAGCAAGCUUCUAUGACCGGCAUGUCAUAUGACAGCUCCUAUGUUAGCGCAAACGAGCAAUACCGCAUGCCUCUAUACUUUCACUGGAUCAUGGCCAUCAUUCACAUCUUAGUAUUCCCUCCAAUGGCAUUCGCAGUGGAGCACUUCCUUCACUCAACUGCGACUAAGCACAGGACAUUUGAGAAGCCUGCGAAAGUUGGCGAUCCAACUGUCACAUUGAACGGUUUCGCAAAGACCUACUAUCCUGGCUUCUUUUCUCGGAUCUUCAAGCGUCGCCCAGAAGUGCACGCCGUAAAAGGAAUUGAUCUUCAAGCCUACGCAGGUCAAAUUCUCUGCCUACUGGGUCCGAAUGGCAGCGGCAAGAGUACAACGCUGAAUUGCAUUGCUGGCGACCAGAAAGUCACCUCGGGUAGCAUCAACAUCGAUCCCACCGGUGGUCUCGGAUACGCACCACAACACAACGUCAUUUGGCCGGAACUCACAGUUGAAGAGCACAUUAGAAUCUUCAGUGAUCUGAAAUGUCUUUCGCGUGUGAACGAAGAAGUUGUCAAAGAGCUAGCUCAGGGCGUCGAUCUGCAGAAGAAGCUCAAGAAGAAGGCCAAGACCUUGUCUGGUGGUCAGAAGCGAAAGCUCCAAUUGGCCAUCAUGUUUGCUGGCGGCAGUGCUGUUUGCUGUGUGGACGAAGUGUCUACCGGCCUCGAUCCCAUUUCACGUCGACGUAUCUGGGAGAUUUUGCUUGCAGAGCGCGGCCGACGGACCAUCAUCCUGACCACCCACUACCUUGACGAAGCUGACUUUUUGGCGGACGAUAUUGCCAUCAUGUUCAAAGGAUCUAUGCGUGCGUGCGGUACUUCGGCCACCCUCAAGCACCAACACGGCGAUGGAUACACAGUCAAGCUCCCGUACCACACUGAAGGCGAGCCUCAAAUUUCCGGAGACAUACAUCGUGAGCAAGCGCGUCAUCAGACAGUCUUUCGUGUCGCAACAGCCACCCUUGCAGCCGAACUCGUAGAAGAGCUGGAGAAACACGAUCUUCACGACUAUCAACUGUCAGGUCCCACCAUGGAAGAACUCUUCAUCAAGGUGACUGGUGAGAAAAUUCAUUCAUCUGAAGAUGACUCUAUUGAGAAGAAGUCGUCACCAAAGACGCAAGAUGCUCAUAUCGUCGUCAACGUUACUGAUAAUGACUACGAGCUGACCGAAGGCAAACCCAUAUCUGUCUACAAGCAAUGGUACAUCCUGUUGUGCAAGCGCUUCCGUAUACUCAAGCGCCGGUGGAUUCCCUACUUCGUCGCCGUUGCUUUCGCAAUAGUAGGUGCCGGGGUUGCUCCGCUACUCAUUAAAUCUGUCAGGAAACCCAUAGAUUGCCCAGUCUCCGCAGACCUCGUAUUCGACUAUUCGUAUCGCAACGACUUCGGUUCGCAAUUCUAUACCUACAACCUAUCGUAUACUUCCUACACUCAAUCCGAAUCUCAAAGAAGAAAAUACAUCUUUGGGCCCGCCAACGCAGUGGACGACGAUAUGCUUGAUGCCAUAGCAAAGGUGUAUGCAGUCAAUCAGACACGCAACUAUGGAAGCUCAUACUCGACGUAUGGAUAUCACAACGGCUCACAGAUUCGGGAUCAAAUGAUCAUCGUCAACACGUAUGACGACUUCCGCAACUCGAUCUAUGAGAGUUGGCGGAACUCAUCGAAUAUGCCUUUGUAUGGAGGCCCGGGAAGCUCGCCAUAUACGCCAAUCGAAGGUGGUAUCUGGAUGGGUGAUGGCUCCUCGAAGCCAACGGUGCUGAUGAAUGUUCGGCAGGCGAGCAGUUCAGCACAGAUGCUGAAUUUGCUUAACGUCAUGAAGAGUGGUGUCGGCAUCUCAUCCUCGUACUAUCCGUUUGCCGAAACCGUGAUUCCGAGCUUGAUUGACCUGAAGUUAUUGGUAUUCAUUGUCUACUACGGACUAAUUAUGUGUUGCUACCCGUUCUUCUUUGCGCUCUACCCGACCAACGAGCGCAUCUCCAAUGUUCGCUCGAUGCAAUACUCUAACGGAAUCCGACCUGUUCCCCUUUGGCUGUCGCAUCUCUCUUUUGAUACCAUCUUUGUACUCGGCAUUAGUGUCGUUGCUACGGCGUUACUCACAGCGUCCACGCCGAUUUGGGUUGAUCUAGGGUUCGUAUUCCUGAUCUUCUUCCUCUACGGCAUCGUUUGCGCCCUCCUCUCCUACAUCGUUUCCAUGUUCGCCAAGUCACCCGUCACAGCUUGGUUCAUCUUAGCUCUGUGCCAGAUCAUCAUGUACUUUGCGUACUUUGGUGGCAUUAUUGGGGUGCAAUCUUCGAUUCCAUACGACAGAUUUGAGGGUGUGAUGAAUGCUUUGUACUUUGGUUUGGGUCUCCUCUCGCCAGUCGUCAGUCUCGAGCGCGCACUGUUUGUCGGACUGCAGCAGAUGGCUUUGUCGUGCAAUGGACAUUCCUCUGGGAGCAUCUAUCUCUACGGCGGCCCGAUUCUGUACCUCAUUGUACAGGCCAUCUUCCUGUUCGGCUUGCUACUAUGGUGGGAUUCUGGCUUCGUGCUCCCAGCUUUUGCCCGUCGCACGCACAAGCUCAAGUCCGACGCAGAACAGUCCGACAUGGCCGCCGAUGUGCUCGCCGAGCGCAAGCGCAUGGCGUCGCCCGACACUGACCUGCGCAUCGACUCGGUGUCCAAGUCAUUCGGGAAGAACCUCGCAGUCGACAACGUAACCUUCGGCGUCCAACGUUCCGAAAUCUUCGCCCUCCUAGGUCCCAACGGCGCUGGAAAGUCCACCAUCAUCUCCAUGAUUCGAGGCGUCUACAAGCCCUCAACCCCCAUCUCCUCCAUCGAAAUCGCCUCCCACUCCAUCCUCACCAACCCCGUCGCCGCGCGCGCCAGUCUCGGCGUCUGCCCGCAGUUCGACUCCGCCGACGUCCUCACCGUGCGCGAAACCCUCACCUUCUUCGCCAAAACCCGGGGCGUCGCUGACAUCAGCCACAACGUGUCCACGGUGCUCGCCGCCUGCGGCCUCGCCGACUUCGCCAACAAACUCGCGCAGACGCUGUCUGGCGGCACGAAGCGCAAACUCUCCCUCGCCGUCGCGCUCGUGGGCAACCCGCGCGUCCUCGUCCUCGACGAACCCUCCAGCGCGCUCGACGCAAAUGCCAAACGCACGCUGUGGAAGUGUCUGCAGACCAUGUCGCGCGACCGCGCUGUCGUGCUGACGACGCACAGCAUGGAAGAAGCCGACGCGCUCGCGGACAGGAUUGGCAUCGUAUCCAGCCGCAUGCUUGCGCUGGGCUCGCGGCAGGAUUUGAAAUCCCGCGUGCCGAAUAACUUUCACAUUCACAUCGUGUCUGCUUCCUCACCGCGUACCACGCCUGAAGAACUUGCUGCCAUGCGCGCGUGGAUUGCGCAGACGUUCCCGCGCUCGGAGAUCAGUCGCGAGACGCAGGGCGGGCAGAUUCGCUUUGAGGUCAGGGACGAUGGAGAGUGGGAUGUUGCGGGGUUGAUAAGGGUUAUGGAGGGAGCGAAGGAGGAGCUGGGGGUCGAGUAUUAUAGUGUGGGCAAGGCGACGUUGGAUGAGGUGUUUGAGGGGAUUGUGAAGCGGUAUGGGGAUGAGGGGGUUGUUGAUCGGUUUCAGUGA